GAUAGAAGUAUAUAUGAUCCGGACUUCACACAACUGGAAGUUUGAAGUCGCCCUUUUGCUUUCUCGUCUGUGAGUCGCUUCGCGUGCGUGGGCAGCAGGGAAGAGAAAGAAAGAAAGAAAGAUGUCUUCGCAUAAUAACUCCUCGUCUGCGAAUGAUCCACGGCAGCCGUCGACGGCGAAGCCGUAUGUACCUCCGGUUAUAGCUCCGCAAGACAUGCCGAUCGAUUAUUCGGGCUUCAUUGCUGUCGUAUUGGGUGUUUCCGGGGUCAUGUUCAGGUAUAAACUUAGUUCAUGGCUUGCUAUAAUAUUCUGUGCCCAGUCGCUUGCAAACAUGAAGAAUAUCGAAACUGAUCUCAAACAGAUAUCCAUGGCCAUGAUGUUUGCUAUUAUGGGAUUGGUGACAAACUACUUGGGACCUACUCGUCCUGGCAAACAAGGUUAAAAAUUACCUUUGGCAAGUUAUGUUUGAUCUCUCUCUCUCUCUCUGUCUCUCUAGCUUGUUUGGAUCAUUAGCAAAUUGUACAUUUGAAAUUUGAUAGAUUAGAACAAAUACUGUAUUUGCCAUUUAGGAACUGAAUUACCGGACCAUUUCGUUGCUUCUUUGCUUAUGUAUUUAUUUAUUUUUUUUAUCUAGCCUUUUGACUGUUGCAAUCAAGAUUGAAGUAUGGCAGCUUGCUUUGCCUAAAAUCACAAUGUGCAAAGAAUUUAGCUUUUGCAUGAUCUUGCUGUUUUCCUA